UACUACUAUGAAAGUAACGGUGAUAUUCAAAAGUCGGCCAGACCGGAUGAGUCCCGCACCAUAAACGUUGCUGCCCAGCCGGAAACGCGUCGAGUUAUUGCAGAAGAAGUUCUAUCGAAGCCUGCUGGUAGUAGUCACCAUCAAAACCAUGCGUCUGAUCCGUUCGAAACGUCUAAGCAGGAGCACACCAAGACUUUUGAUAUGAUCGUUGAACAGUCGGCGAGUGCGAAAUCCAAAAACGUUUUUUCAUCACCCCGAAUCGUUGGUAAAACUUAUUUAUCCGCAUCAGAUCACUUAGAAGACGCAGAUGCUAUGCCACAGCAAACUACAUCAACAACAUCGACUGUGGUGAGCUAA